UAAAUAUUUGCUGUUUUUUUUAAAUCAGUUCCUAAUCGGGUGUGGCUUGUAACAACAGAAUAAAAGUAGUACGAUAUCAUUAUAUUUAAAAUGAUUUUGCUUAGUGUUGUUUCCUUAGCUUUUUGUUUGUUUUUAGCAGUGCAUGGCAAAUUAUUCCGGUUCGACUACGAUUACUACCAGGAGGCAGAAGGAUGGAUGAAGUUACACCAAAUCCCUGCAACGUGGCGGGAUGCCCGACUAAGGUGUUUUAGAGAAGGUGCCGUGCUAGCUUCACCGGAGACAGAAGACCUUCGGCAUGCCAUGCGGAUCAUAGUUACGAACAACCAAGGAGUAACUUGUGGAGUUUUUACUGGGAUACAUGCUACUUACUCUAAAGGAGAUUAUUAUUCCAUUGACGGCACUCCAUUGAAUCGAAUCCCAAUCAACUGGGCACCCAAUGAGCCAGACAACGCGGAUAACAACGAAGACUGCCUUCUCAUGCUGCCCAAUGGCACCAUGGCGGAUGUCAACUGUUCCGAUGUGUUCCCAUAUAUUUGCUACAAGAAGAAGCUGCCGAACAUAGCUGUUAACAACUGUGGGACUGUUGAUAACAGUUAUGCCUUGGAUACCCGUACAGGAAGCUGCUACAAGUUCCACACAGAGCCACAGACGUGGCCGCGUGCAUUCUCAGCGUGCUCGGGAGAAGGCGGCCAUCUUGCUAUUAUUAACAGCGAGACUGAGGCUCAGGUCCUUCGAGAGAUAUACGCACAGCACCCGCCCGGCAGCCUGCCUGGUAACUUCAUCAAGCACGUGGUUCACAUUGGCCACACUGAUUGGGAAGAACACGGCAUGUGGAUGACCAUACAUGGACAAACUUUAAAACAGGCGGGCUACGACAAAUGGUCAGGCGGUCAGCCGGACAACGCUACCGCCCAGUUCUGCGGCGCCAUGUUCAACAACGGUCAACUUGACGACGUGUGGUGUGACCGCCCUUGCCCUUUCAUCUGCGAGAAGAAACCUGACAGCUUAUUGACGGAGGAUGACUAUUAAAUUGAAAUAUAUUUCAGUUCUAAUACAUUUAAAACGAAUAUAACAACCGUAUGUUACUUAAAUUAAAACGUUCAUACUCUGGCUCCCUCUGUGUCCCUACGAUAAAUGGUCAGGCGGUCAGCAUGACAACGCUACCGCCCAGUUCUG